GGCCACUUUUCGCGCCAAAGCGAUUCGCGUUGCAUUGUGGGAUAUCGUUUGAGAGUUGGAGGACUAUAACAUUGGGUGUUCUUUCUUCUGUAACUGUAAACCGCAACUUAUAAUUUUUUACUUAUAUUUUCAACUGAGGACACAAAUGCGAGAAAACGACGCUGACUCCGGGACGGCAGACAAUAGUUCUGUCCGGAAAAGCCUGGAAGCCAUAUGUCAAGAGUUAAACAUGGACGAGGAAACGGCAACUGAAGCCUUGCAGAAUUUCACUGCGAUCUUGGAUACGUACACUCUGGAGGGCGAUGUGGUGCACUGGCUGGCCUGCGCUCUGUAUGCCGCCUGCAGGAAGGGCUGGACCCCCACGGUGGGGAAGGGGGUCGUGGAGGGAAACUGUGUGUCCCUCACCCGAAUCCUCCGGUCUUCCAAACUCAGCUUAAUUCAGUUCUUCAGUAAGAUGAAGAAAUGGUCGGACAUGUCUAAUUUGUCCCAGGAUUUCCGAGAGCGGAUUGGCCACUUGGAGAGGAACUUUGAGGUCUCCACGGUGAUUUUCCGGAAGUUUGAACCCAUAUUCAGGGACAUGUUCCUGGACCCCCAGGGAGAACCUCCACGUCUGCCCAGGAGUCGCAAGCACAGACGCCUGCCCUGUCAUAUCAGCGAUGUAUUCAAAUUCUGCUGGACCCUGUUUGUCUACACAAAAGGAAAUUUCCACAUGAUCGGAGAUGACCUGGUGAACUCGUACCACCUCCUCUUGUGCUGCCUGGAUCUGGUCUUUGCCAAUGCGCUGCUCUGUGCCAACCGGAAAGACCUCAUUAAUCCGCUCUUUAAAGGGCUGCCCGAGGACUGCCUGAGCCCCGAUUACAGUCCCCCGGACGAGCCCCCCUGCGUGAUUGACAGGCUGUGCGAGCUUCACGACGGGCUGGUGGUGGAGGCGAAAGGCAUUAAGGAGCACUACUUCAAGCCCUACAUCACCAAGCUGUUCGACAGACAGAUUUUGAAGGGGAACGAAAGAACGCUGACGGAACUCCUGGAUGCUCCGAACUUCAUAGAUAACAACAAAGCGGUGAACCGGGAGUACGAGGAGUUCGUGCUGACGGCCGGGGACUUCGACGAGCGGGUGUUCCUGGGCGCCGACGCCGACGAGGAGAUCGGCACGCCCCGGAAGAUGGCCGCGGAGCCCCCCGAGGGGCAGCUGUCCGCCCGCAUGCAGGUGGAGUGCAACCUGCAGCAGCACUUCCACAAGACGCGGUCCCUGGCCCCCUCCACCCCGCUGACCGGGCGACGUUACCUGAAGGAGAAGGAGGUGAUCGUGACGCCCGUCUCCUUGGCGACGCAGAGCGUCAGCCGUCUGCAGGGCAUGGUGUCCGGGCUGCGCAACGCCCCCAGCGAGCAACUCGCGCACGUCUUCAGGUCGUGUUCGCGAGACCCCACGGAGGCCAUCCUGAACAGAGUGAAAUCGCUGGGGGAGACUUUCCGACAGCAUUACACCCGGAGCACGGAAGAGCAGCCGGGAUCGCACAUGGAUUUUGCUGAUAACAGACUGAAGCUUGCUGAAGUCCUGUACUAUAAGAUCUUGGAGAAUGUGAUGACCCAGGAAAUGAAGAGGUUGCAUGGGAAAGACAUGACUGUGCUGCUUGAGCAGGACAUUUUCCAUCGCUCCCUGAUGGCCUGCUGCCUGGAGGUCGUGCUCUUUGCCUACAACUCCCAGCGUUCCUUUCCCUGGAUCAUCGAGGUCUUCGGCUUACGGCCCUUCUACUUCUACAAGGUGAUCGAGGUGUUCAUCCGCUCGGAGGAGGGCCUGUCCCGGGACAUGGUCAAGCACCUGAACGGCAUCGAGGAGCAGGUGCUGGAGAGCCGAGCCUGGAGCAGCGACUCCGCCCUCUGGGAGGCGCUGGAGGCUGCCCAAAAGAAGGUCCCCACCGUAGAGGAGGUGAAUUUCUCCAGCAGCUUUGAGACAGGAAACAGCAACAGCGGCCCCGCCCACCUCCCCCUGGCGACCCUCUCUCCCAUAGUGCACCCUCGGCUAAGAGAGGUGCGGACCGGCCUCGGCGGGAGUGCGCGAAAAGACGUGCCCCCCUCUCCCAUCUCCCUGCACGACCGCUACAGCUCCCCCACCGCCGGCUGCGCCAAGAGGCGUCUGUUCGGGGACGAGCCGCAGUCCCCGCCCCAGAGGAUCUCCUUCGCCCAAUCUGGAGCCCUGCGGAUCGUCCCGACCUCGCCCUCCGCCGGCGAGGCCACGCCCCACUCCCCCGCACGCACGCUUUUCGCCGUGGCGACCACCACCUUGACCCUGCCAGGCAUGAAGGGCGACGGCGGCGGGUUCACCUUCAUCCAGAUGCCGGAGGGCAGCGGGAGCCCCCUCUCGGCGCAGGUGCUGCUGACGGCGUCUCCGGGCCGCACCGCCCCGGCGGAGGGCCCGGGCAGCAGCCGGCCCCGCCGCACCGGCUCCCUGGGGCUCUUCUUCCGGAAGGUGUAUCACCUGGCCAGCGUGCGCCUGAGGGACCUGUGUCUGAAGCUGGAUAUCUCGGCCGAGCUUCGCGGGAAGAUCUGGACCUGCUUCGAGCACUCGCUGAUCCACUGCACUGACAUGAUGAGGGACCGGCACCUGGACCAGCUGCUGCUCUGCGCCGUCUACAUCGCGUCCAAGAUCACAAAGGAGGAGCGCUCUUUCCAGGACAUCAUGAAGUGCUACCGCAGUCAGCCUCAGGCUAGCAGCCACGUCUACCGCAGCGUGCUGCUCCGGAGCGGAACCGCAGAGCAGUGCGCGGAUGAGAACAGCAUGGAUGUGGAAGGCUGUGCAUCGCGGCCGGACCGAGGCGACCUGAUCCAGUUCUACAACUCCGUGUACGUGCUGAGGAUGAAGGGCUUCGCGCAGAAAUACGCCAUCCUCAGCGCCGAUCAACGGAUGGAGGCGCCCCCGCUCUCCCCCUUCCCCUCAGUGAGGGCUCAGCCGCUGUCUCCACGCCGCGUGUCCCAGAGGCACUCCAUCUUCGUCUCCCCCCACAAGAACGGCUCCUGCGUCACCCCCAACUCCGCCUACACCUACAAGUUUAACGGCAGCCCCUCCAAGGAGCUGAGCGAUAUAAACAGGAUGAUCAGGCAGGGCGGGGUGAGCAGGAAGAGGGCCUUCACCAUGGAGGGGGACUGCUCCGAGUCCCCCACCAAACGCCUGUGCCAGGAGAGCGAGGACGUGCUGCUCAAACGUCUGCAGGACGUGGUUAGCGAGAGAGCACACCACUGAGGAGCCCCCCCCCCCCCCAAAAUCAGCCUGUACACCCCUCAGAUCACUCCAAAAUCAGCCUGUUCACCCCCUCACAUCACUGUCAAAUCUGCCAGAAUUUCCCUCUCAUAUUACUCCAAAAUCUGCCAGAAUCUCCCCCUCAGAUCACUCCAAAAUCAGCCUGUUCACCCCCUCACAUCACUGUCAAAUCUGCCAGAAUUUCCCUCUCAUAUUACUCCAAAAUCUUCCAGAAUCUCCCCCUCAGAUCAUCCGAGAAUCAGCCAGAAUCUCACCCUCAGAUCACCCCAAAAUCAGCCAUAAUUGCCCUCUCAUAUUACCCCAAAAUCAGCCAGAAUCUCACCCUCAGAUCACUGCAAAAUCAGCCAGAAUAUCCCCCUCAGAUCACCCCAAAACCAUCCAAAUCCUCCCCCUCAUAUCACCCCAAAAUCUGCCAAACUCCCACCCUUAGCCCUCUCUACGAAAUAUGCCAAAGUCUCCUUCCAGAACCUUGGAUCCCCCAAAAUGAUUCAGUCGCUUACCCCAAAAUCAGGAUUGAUUCCUACAGUACAGAGCCUACAAUCAUGUGGGCAGGAUCUGGAGCAGGUGGACUUGUGGGGCUGCCUGUGGGGGUGUUGGGCUGCCUGUGGGGGUGUGAGGCUUUAAUGGGGAACGGGCAUCUCUGGGGCCUCUUGCUUAACCCUCAUCCAUUCGGAAGAGAUCAAUACAACCAUAUUUCUAAAGGUUUCAGUCCUACAUGGAAAAUCCAGAGCUAGCACAUAGCUUUUAUAAGGGUCCAGUUCUGUAGAACUACCGGUUAAAUCUGGAUUUUCCGUGUAACAAUCAAACCUGUAUAUAAAUGGGAGCUGCCCUUGGGGCAGGCCUUGUGGGUAUUGGCUACCCUGCCCGAGGUAUGGUAGUGUACAGUGGGAUUGUGGCUUUAUGCUGCUUGCGUCUGCAGCGCCCCGUCUGUGUAGUAUCUACACUUUUCUUAUUUCGUACGCGGCGGCACUGUCGAACGCCGCCGUUUCCCAUCGGAGCCUUUUUUCCUUUCGCCGAAUGAUAAUUGUUUUCGAAGUCGUUUAUUCGACAGAAACUUAAGACGAAAACGUGAUUGCGAUGUGACUUUAUUUUUUUUUUACUUUUAAAGAAUCAGUGCUUCUGAUGCAAAAUUGUUAUCUUCCCUUGAAGAGAGAGGUUUGCAAAACUGCUGUUGAUUCCGGAAGGACAGAUUUGGCCGAAUGCAUGAUGAAGCAGAAGGUUUUUUGUCCGGAGCUGGUUUGUAGCGUAGCUCCGUGCUUUGUCGUAUAGUGUAACAGGUAGGAUUUUAUCGCACGACUCAGAGGCAAGCCUGGCCUCCCCUGCAGAAGAGAGACCACGCCUGAUCCUGUCCUGCUGGGCUCCUGCUCGAAAAAGCUUUCCUUGAAAUCAAAAAAAAUAAUAAGAAUUAAUUUUAGAGAUGUUCUUUGUGUUUCAGCCAGGGGUUUCUUCAUUGUUGAGUUUUUUAAAAUCUUUGGAUGUUAGUUCGUCAUCGUAAGCGUGCAGUGUACUCGGACAGUAUUUGAGCAUUGAUUUAUUUUUAACGUUCGCUCUCACGCAAACUUGCCAGGCCGCUGGAACAGUUAGACUGUCAGCGCCUUUGAUUUGUACAUAUGAAAAUAAAAUGGCAUUUU